UAGAUAAGCUCUGUUGGUGAAUUACUUUGAAGCAGCAGCAGCAGCAAAUACAUAAGCAAUUAUCAAUAUUUUCAGCUGAGCUGGGAAACAGUAAAGGUCGUAUUGCUAACAGAUUUAGCUCCAACCUACAGACAGUAUUUUGCUAGCGUGGAGGAAUCUUUACUUUCCAAUUAGAAUUGCAGAAUAAACUUUCUCUUAUUUUUGUGGUUUAUCGUCCAGCAGCGAAUUUGCAUAGGUUUCGCUGACGAAGAGAUAAAGUGGCAUCCAUAGAAAGUGCAGGGAAUAAUGCCCUUUUACAAAUAUCUCUUAACUCCUAAGCUUUUCAAAGAGUACGAUGGAACGAAGGAUCUGUAUGAGCCUGGAGCACUGGAGAAAUAUGGAGAUCAAAUCCUGGCAGCUUUGAAUCUGAUGUGGAACUUUGGUUACUACUCCUCGCCGCUGUUGAUCACGUUUCUGUACCGCCGAGGUUAUUUCGUGGCAGAUUCGGUAGGUUCGCUGGCGAAAUUCACCACCGGCAUCGGUUUACUGGUGGCCGUUUCGCUGUGUAUGCGUGGGCUAGGCCGAUCUAUGAACGUCAUCUACAUCCGAUUCGCCGAGUGUUAUGAAAAUGCGAAACGCGGUGAGAAAAGUGUGGAGCAACACAAUCACAUCCGAAAAUAUGAUUUCGAUUUCCGCUAUUGGCCGGUCGAUUUUACCGUCAGUAGUGGCGUGCAGCGGCCUAAGGAUCUCAGGAGCAAACCAUUCUGGAUAUCGUCAUUGCCAUGUCAAAUUGCAGCAUAUGUUGCGAUUCACACUUUCGGAAUACGUAUGAUCUAUCCAGGAUCGUUGAGUUUGCUGCAGAGCUGUAUAGAACCCAUGCUCAUGCAGGGACGCACCAAACUCGUUACCGAGAAUAAGGGCAUACGGAAUAAGGUGAAAACGGCAGACAACAAUGAAAUUGACACAAUGUUUGUAGACAAUCGCCACAAGAACCCUAACGGAAGUACGCUCGUAAUUUGCUCGGAAGGUAACGCAGCCUUCUACGAAGUCGGUAUUAUGUCGACCCCAAUCGAACUAAACUAUUCUGUGCUGGGAUGGAAUCACCCAGGCUUUGCCGGGAGCAGUGGCCGUCCAUAUCCGGAUCAAGAUCAGAACGCGAUAGAUGCGGUGCUACAAUUCGCAAUAACUGACCUUGGAUUCACGCCGGAAAACAUUAUUCUGUACGGUUGGAGUAUUGGGGGUUAUUCUACGCUGUACGCCGCAUCACAGUAUCCGGACGUGAAAGGCGUCAUUUUGGAUGCCACCUUCGAUGAUUUGCUUCAGCUGGCAUUGCCGAAAAUGCCAGAGAGUAUUUCCAAUAUUGUUAAGAUUGCGAUAAGGGAUUAUGUUAAUUUGAACAAUACCGAGUUGAUCUCGCAGUACAACGGACCAGUGAUGCUGAUCAGACGCACCGAAGAUGAAAUUAUUUGCUCAGAAGAUAACAAUCUUGGCACGAACCGUGGGAAUUUCUUGCUAAUCAGUAUGCUCAAGCAACGUUUCCCAAAUAUUUUCCGACCAGAGCAGGAUAAUUUAGCCAAGGAAGUCCUGACGAAGCCCAUCGAGUUCAUGAAGAAAGAUGCCGAUGAUCUCAGUCUUUCGCUGUUGAUGUCUUACCUAUCGGACAAUGGUAAUAACGGAACGUCUCGGAGUUAUCCCAUCGAGAUUGGAGAGGAUUAUACUAGCGAGCAGAGGGAUUCGAUGGCGAAGUUUCUGAUUACAAAACAUUUUCAUGAUUUCCAAUCCACCCACUGUACGCCUCUUCCGAAGGAGUACUUCCAGCUACCAUGGGAAAUACCGGUCGAUACCGACUUCGUUUUCACAUAAACCGGAAUCCGUACAUUCUAGCGAACGAUACUUAGUGCGGUGCAAACUCAACAGACUAUGAUACGUUCCAUGGCUUUUCUCAAACAAUUUAAUUAGAACAAAAAUAUAAAAAAGUCAGAAAAAAGUGUGAAGUGCUUUAAAGGUGUGGUAAGUUAUCUCCUGAAAAUGCCUCCCAGAACUGUAUUCAUCAAGCGAUAACGCAACGUUCGCUGGAUGCAAGGGAGCGCUUCAUUAAAAAAAAUCAUGAGGUAGAGGUGUUAGUGGAGAACCGUAUUUUAUGCACGCUGAGAUUCCUUGAAAAGGGCAGAUUAUUUUAGAAUAAGAUUGAAGAGAGUGAAUGUUGAAACUAUGCUUUAGUAGUAACACUAGGAACUAGCAUUUUCAACUAUUUAUUCGUAGAAUUUAGGAAGGCAAAGAAAACAUGCUUCAAAUACAAAGAGUGGACCCUUUUAUGGUUAGUAGAUUUCAUGAAAAACAUGUAUGGAUGUAAGGGAAUUCGGAAUACUCAUGUUGUCCGACACAUGACGGGAGGGCAGCCGGACCAGCUUAAAUGCGAAAACAUACGGUGACAUCAAAUGCAGACAUAUUUUUGUGGCAUGAAGAAUGAACAAGGUGUGAGUGGAAGAUGAAGGGAAUAAUUGAAUAAAUAUUUUGCACCACAUACAAGAAUGGCUAGCGGAAAUAGAUUGAGAAAAUAUCCUAUUGAGAUAGCAGGCAGCAGCA